CAUAGCGGUGCUGCUAGGCCUUGUUGUUGUGCCCAUUCAACUCACGUUUACAUUUUUUUUACACCAGAAACACGGCUCGGUGAUAUUUGACUUUUCAAUAAGCCUUUAAAAAAACGUAAAUUUCUUCCUCCAGUCAGCCUCCAGGCUAACGUCGAGUAUAACAACAGCUAAAGUGCUUUUCAAGCGAGGCCUGAGACGGUAACUUAGCAAUAAGCAAAAAGCCAGGUUACCUCUCCGGGGGAAAAAAAGCUCUCCUCACCUGACAGCAACAUUAGUUAAUUACUUUACCCAACACAGAGAGCGUGUGUCUUCAAAAUGAGAGGCUCGUACGGAGACAGAGACCGAGACCGUGGUCGUGACAGAGGCAGCCCUCGUUUCGGGUCCAGCAGAGGCGGCCCACCCUCGGGUAAGAAGUUUGGGAACCCCGGGGACCGUUUACGAAAGAAGAGAUGGGACCUGGAAGAGCUCCCCAAAUUUGAGAAGAACUUUUAUAGUGAACACCUGGAAGUGCAGCGCAUGAGCCAGUAUGACAUUGAGGAGUAUCGCAGGAAGAAAGAAAUCACUGUUCGAGGUUCAGGCUGCCCAAAACCCAUCACCAAUUUCCAUCAGGCACAGUUUCCUCAAUAUGUAAUGGAUGUCCUGAUGCAGCAAAACUUCAAGGAGCCCACAGCCAUUCAGGCACAAGGUUUCCCUCUGGCCCUCAGCGGGAGAGACAUGGUGGGCAUCGCUCAGACGGGUUCUGGGAAGACUCUAUCGUAUCUCCUGCCUGCCAUUGUACACAUUAACCAUCAGCCCUACUUGGAGCGUGGAGACGGACCCAUUUGUCUGGUUCUGGCCCCCACAAGAGAACUGGCGCAGCAGGUCCAGCAGGUGGCAUAUGACUAUGGAAAGUCAUCCCGCAUCAAAAGCACUUGUGUGUACGGGGGUGCUCCCAAAGGACCCCAAAUCCGAGAUCUGGAGAGAGGUGUUGAGAUCUGCAUUGCCACUCCAGGUCGCUUGAUUGACUUCCUUGAGGCGGGAAAAACCAACCUGCGGCGCUGCACAUACUUAGUUCUAGAUGAAGCUGACCGCAUGCUGGACAUGGGAUUUGAACCACAGAUUCGCAAAAUUGUGGACCAGAUCAGGCCGGAUAGACAGACCCUGAUGUGGAGUGCUACCUGGCCGAAAGAGGUUCGCCAGCUGGCUGAGGACUUUCUGAAGGACUAUGUCCAGAUCAAUGUUGGAGCCCUGGAGCUCAGCGCCAACCACAACAUCCUUCAGAUAGUUGACGUCUGUAUGGAAAAUGAGAAGGACCACAAGUUGAUCCAGCUUAUGGAGGAAAUUAUGGCGGAGAAAGAGAACAAGACCAUCAUCUUUGUGGAGACCAAGAAACGGUGUGAUGACCUCACACGCAGGAUGAGACGCGAUGGUUGGCCAGCGAUGUGUAUUCAUGGUGACAAGAGCCAACCAGAGAGAGACUGGGUGUUGUCAGAGUUCCGCAGCGGCAAAGCUCCCAUCCUCAUCGCUACUGACGUGGCCUCGCGUGGUUUGGAUGUGGAGGAUGUCAAGUUUGUCAUCAAUUAUGACUAUCCCAACUCGUCAGAGGACUACAUCCACCGAAUCGGCCGUACGGCCCGCAGCACCAACAAAGGCACUGCAUAUACUUUCUUCACUCCGGGGAACCUCCGGCAGGCCCGCGAGCUGAUCCGGGUGCUGGAGGAGGCCCGACAGGCCAUCAAUCCCAAACUGCUGCAGCUGGUUGACAGUGGACGUGGAGGAGGUGGCCGUUCUCGUUUCCGUAGCGGCUCUAAUUCUAACAAUCCCAACCUAAUGUACCAGGAUGAGUGUGACCGGAGAAUGCGUUCCGUAGGAGGGAGCAGCAGCACCAAAGACAGUCGUAGCAGCUACAGCCGCGACAGCCGAGAUAGUCGUGGAGGAAGCACCCGGGACGGGGACCGGGACCGGGACCGCUCCUCCUCCUCCUCUUACAGAGAUCGCAGCAACAGGGAUGGAGGGCGCAGCUAUAGCUCCAGCUCCAACUCAUACAACCAGUACCAGAAUAACAGCAGCAGCAGCCAGUACAGCAGCUCCAGGGGCGGCUCAGGGUCAGGGAGUGGUGGAGUAAGCCAGGCCCCGUCUUCCUCAUCAGGCCCCCAGCCUCUAAUGGCCCAGCAGUUCAACCCUCCUCAGCCCAUGAUGGGCCUGAUGGGGCAUUCACCAUUUCAGUUUGCUUCUCCCCCUCCACCUGCUACCUCUGGCAGGAAGUAAUGGGAUCUGUGCACCACAGUCACACACAGCACAAAGUACACUGCAGGCAUUCUUACAGGCUUGUUUUAGUCUCAGAAGCAGUCAGACAUGUUAUGACUGAGAGAAUUUCGUCCUUGGAUGUUGACCUCUGUAAAAUCAACAUUCCAGUUAUGAACUUGGGUUUGAAGACGCCAGAGCACUCUGCUUUAAAGUUCCAAAUUUCAACUUCAGCACAGUUUGACACAUUUAGACUGGUUCCCAGUUAAAGUUAAAGUGGUCAGCUGUUUUUGACUUUCCUUUAAAGUCAAAUAAGUUGUCAGUAACUAUUUGGUUUGACAAAAUCUUGUCUAUUUUAUUUGACCUAGUUUGUCAAGAUCAUCUUGGAAACAAAUCUUAUGACAAAUGUGCUGUUUUGUGUUGUGAGCUUCUGUGAUUUUUCUCUCAAGGUGUAACAAAGGUAGGUGCUGAAUGUUACUUCUUGUUAAAUAAGCUAGUUUUUUUUUUAGAUUCAAUAUCUUUAACUUUGUGUUUGAAACUUUGUAAGCCACAAGAUCAUUUUGAAUUGAUUUAAAGAAAAUCACACAACAUCCAGAUGUAGUCUGAGCUAAAUUAGGAUUGAAAAUGAUCAGGGCUUUUUUGAUAAUGGGAUUUACUUCUUUCUUUUUAACUUAAUCUUGAUGGCCAUUUCAGAACAAUUUUUUAUUUCCUUACAUUGAUGUUAAUUCAGGCCUCAUAGAAUCAGCUCUACAGGAGUUUUGUGUAGCCGUGGCACCAGUCGACAAGCUUUUCUUUCACAUUUGUGCUUAUUAACAAAUCUCCUGAGAGCCACUUUAGGUUACCUUAUUCAACGAAUCAGCAAUGUGAUCAAGUCUUUGAGCAUUUCCUAGUUAACAAGAAGUCCUGUUUUAGUUUG